AUGGCGCAGCACAUCUUCAAGCCUAAUGAACGCAGAGCAGUUCGACAUAUACGCAGAGGCAUGAUACCAACAAUGCAUAAUGAUAGAGAAGAGCAUCAUGUCCAGCACGACAACGCAGUAGAUGUGCGAACGGUUUCCGCCGGCACGUCCAAAGCCAUGUCAGACCCGCAAGAGGUUGAAGACAGUACAGGUCGUUAUCAGGCUGAGACAGGAGCCAAGAAUAUCUCGUCCCAUCUAACCCAACAACAGAUCGUUCAUCACGAGCAAGAACAGCUCCCCUUGAUACGGCAUGAUAGCACUACGAAAGACAUAACUAGUCUUUCGGACGUUCUGACUGACGAUGAGACCAUCAGCAUUAAGGCAAGCACCAUAGAUCCUUCAUCAUCUCCAAUGACUUGUUCGGUCAAUGAAGAGCAUGAUGAUUCGAACGGCCCGCCUCAGUCCCCUAUGUCGCCGACGCCAAGUCCACCCGCUAAGGAUGGAUAUGCGACAAGGGGUAUGAUGGGAGCAUUGGCAAGCCCGGGAAGUCGACUGCAUCAUCAUGGCACUGUGGGCGCACCAAAAUUCUGCGCGACGUGCGGCUUCAGCACCGACGAACUACUACAGCUCUGCGAGAAAGCCUUGCAGUUUCAUCGGCACGACAAGAUUGCCUGGAAUACGUUAGUUAAUAAUAGCCCUGCGGUAUCUUCGCAGGAGAAGAAUGCGGCCAUGCUUAGGAUUAGUCUCUGGGCGAUCCGCGAUUAUGCAUUGACUAUGAGAAAGCGACUUGAUGGCAGCGCUGCUGAAAGAAGCAUAGAUGGUUUCAAAUUAUUUGAGCCACCGAUCGCGGCUUCAAGUGACAGUUCCCGAGGGACCGCCUGCACUACUCCACGAAGCCAUCUGAACCAAACCUCUGAUGUUGCACGUUACCCUAAAGAGAAUGACAAUUAUUUGGGACACAGCGGCGAUCAAGAAUAUGUAGAUGUGGAAACCCGGGGAAGACCGGCCAAAAGAAGACGGGUCAUGUCUCAUAAGCCUUGGAGUCCUCGACAGGAGGAGACUCUAAGAGCAGGUAUGGAACAAGAGCAGAGUUGGGAAGAUAUAGCCAGAAGGCUGGGUCGAACGCCGGCAGGGGUGAGGCAGCACUGGUGGAUGAUGGAGCGCAGGUUCAGUCCGAGGAAACAUCAAGUCCAGAGGCCAUCAGACUGA